AAAGAAAAUGCAGAUGGCCUCUGGUUUUGAGUUCCCACUGCGCUUUGGUUAAUUUGGUAUGUAAAGGUAUUAGGUUAAUUAAAUGCCAUGUGUUGCAUGGGAACUGACUGCAUUUGUGGAUUAAUAAGUAUCCCAGAGUGUUCUGCGCUGAAAGUCCUCAAGCUGGCAGACGAUUAUUUCACUAAGAAAGGAAGGUAACAGAGAGGAGUCCUGGGGAAAUGAAGAAGUUUCCUGUUAAUCCUGCAGUUGUUUUUCCUGAACGGGUAGUUGCAGUGUCCUUCAGGUUCUUGACCGAGUAUCAGCCCUUGCUGGAGAGACUGGAAGAAUUUAAGUGAAGAGAAGCAGAGUUGUACAGUUUGCUUUGAGAUUGCCGCAGGGCUGGUCACAUACAGAGAGCGUGUCAGCUGGCCAGGGGAGGACUAUGGCUGGUGCGUGGAAAUUUUCCUGCUAGGCGAAGAUCUUUACCAAGACCCAUAUUGUGAAUCAGGUCAGAGGGUGUCCUGUGAGCAGCGGGCAUGGUUGCGCCACGGGGCUAGAGCAAACCGGCCACCAUAUUCGGGCAUUCAUGGUGGAAUACACGUAGAAAGCAGGGAGAGGGAAAAAUACCACUGCAAAGUUUUGGAGAUGUUGAAGAAGAAGAAAGUCGUUUUCGUGCAGCCAUGCCCUGAGGUGGUGGAAGAUCAGGAGAGAGACCAGGGCAGAUGGACACUACUUCGCAAUGUCAACCAGGUCCUGAAGCCCACGACCAUGUUAGCGGGGGAUUAUGUGUGGAUGGACCUCAAAACCGGACGGGAAUUCGAUGUCCCCAUUGGAGCGGUGGUUAAACUGUGUGACUCUGGACAGAUCCAGGUCGUGGAUGAUGAAGGCAAUGAACACUGGAUUUCCCCACAGAAUGCCAGCCACAUCAAACCCAUGCACCCCACCUCCAUCCAUGGAGUGGAGGACAUGAUCCGCCUGGGGGACCUGAAUGAGGCAGGAAUUCUCAGGAACCUGCUGAUUCGCUAUCGGGAGCACCUCAUCUAUACAAACUGCGGCGGGAGGACAUACACUGGUUCAAUACUGGUGGCAGUAAACCCCUACCAGCUCCUACCCAUCUACUCACCUGAGCAGAUACGCCUCUACACCAACAAAAAAAUUGGUGAGAUGCCACCACACAUCUUUGCAAUUGCUGACAACUGCUACUUCAACAUGCAGCGCAACAACAAGGACCAGUGUUGUAUCAUAAGUGGAGAAUCUGGAGCAGGGAAGACAGAAAGCACAAAACUGAUUCUCCAGUUCCUGGCAGCAAUCAGUGGUCAGCACUCCUGGAUUGAGCAGCAGGUCCUGGAGGCAAAUCCCAUCUUGGAAGCUUUCGGGAACGCAAAGACCAUCCGUAAUGACAAUUCCAGCCGAUUUGGGAAGUACAUCGAUAUCCACUUCAACAAAAGGGGAGCCAUAGAGGGGGCAAAGAUUGAGCAGUACCUGCUGGAGAAGUCCCGGGUGUGCAGGCAGGCCCAGGAUGAGAGGAAUUACCACGUGUUCUACUGCAUGCUGAGAGGAAUGACCGUGGAGCAGAAGAAGAAGCUGGGUCUUGGGAAAGCCACGGACUACAACUACCUUGCAAUGGGUAACUGCACAACCUGUGAUGGCAGAGAUGAUAGCAAGGAGUACGCCAAUAUCCGCUCCGCUAUGAAGGUACUCAUGUUCACUGACACUGAGAACUGGGAGAUCUCCAAGCUGCUGGCUGCCAUCCUGCACAUGGGCAACCUGCAGUAUGAAGCUCGGACCUAUGACAACUUGGAUGCCUGCGAGGUUGUUCAGUCAGCAUCGCUCAUCACUGCGGCAACAUUGCUGGAGGUUGAGCCUCAGGACGUGAUGAACUGCCUUACCAGCCGGACUAUAAUCACGAGGGGCGAAACUGUCUCCACCCCUCUCAGCAUGGAACAGGCGCUGGAUGUGAGGGACGCUUUUGUAAAGGGAAUUUAUGGGCGACUUUUUGUGUGGAUCGUGGAGAAGAUCAAUGCUGCAAUUUAUAGACCUCCUUCCCAGGAACUCAAAAGUAUCAGGAGAUCCAUUGGCCUUCUUGACAUCUUUGGCUUUGAGAACUUCACUGUGAACAGUUUUGAGCAGCUUUGCAUUAACUUUGCGAAUGAAAAUCUGCAACAGUUCUUUGUGCGCCACGUCUUCAAACUAGAGCAGGAGGAGUACAACCUGGAGAACAUCAACUGGCAGCACAUCGAGUUCACGGAUAACCAGGAUGCCUUGGACAUGAUUGCCAUCAAGCCUAUGAACAUCAUCUCCCUCAUUGAUGAGGAGAGCAAGUUCCCCAAGGGUACAGAUGCCACCAUGUUGCACAAGCUGAACUCCCAGCACAAGCUUAACACCAACUAUAUUCCUCCGAAGAAUAACUACGAAACCCAGUUUGGCAUUAACCAUUUUGCUGGAAUUGUUUACUAUGAAACAAAAGGUUUCUUGGAGAAAAACAGGGACACGCUGCAUGGAGACAUCAUUCAGCUGGUGCAUUCCUCAAAAAACAAAUUCAUCAAGCAGAUCUUCCAAGCAGAUGUGGCAAUGGGAGCAGAGACAAGGAAGCGCUCGCCGACGCUCAGCAGCCAGUUCAAGCGCUCCCUGGAGCUGUUGAUGAGGACUCUCAGCGUGUGCCAGCCCUUUUUUGUCCGCUGCAUCAAGCCCAAUGAGUACAAGAAGCCCAUGCUGUUUGAUCGGGAGCUGUGCGUCCGUCAGCUGAGGUACUCAGGGAUGAUGGAGACCAUCCGCAUCCGUCGGGCUGGAUACCCCAUCCGCUACACCUUUGUGGAGUUCGUGGACCGCUACCGGGUGCUCAUGCCUGGGGUGAAGCCAGCGUACAAGCAGGGUGACCUGCGUGGGACAUGCCAGCGCAUUGCUGAAGCAGUGCUGGGGAAGGAUGAUGACUGGCAGAUUGGCAAGACAAAGAUAUUUCUAAAGGACCACCAUGACAUGCUGUUGGAGAUUGAGAGAGACAAGGCCAUCACAGACAAAGUCAUCCUCAUCCAGAAGGUGGUCCGUGGGUAUAAAGACAGGUCCAAUUUCCUGAAAGUGAGAAAUUCAGUCCUGAUGAUUCAGAGAUACUGGCGUGGACAUAACUGCAGGAAGAACUAUGGUGCUAUGCGGAUUGGCUUCCUGAGGCUGCAGGCCCUGUACCGAUCCCGCAAGCUUCACAAGCAGUACCACAUGGCUCGCCGGCGGAUCAUUGAGUUUCAGGCACGAUGCCGGGGCUACCUGGUCCGUAGGGCUUUCCGCCACCGCCUCUGGGCUGUCCUCACCGUCCAGGCCUACGCCCGUGGCAUGAUUGCUCGAAGGCUCUACAAGCGCCUCCGGGGGGAAUAUUAUCGACGCCUGGAAGCAGAGAAACUUCGGCUGGCAGAAGAGGAACGACUUCGAAAGGAGAUGAGUGCCAAGAAAGCCAAAGAAGAAGCAGAAAAGAAACACCAAGUACGCCUGGCCCAGCUGGCACGGGAAGAUGCAGAGAGAGAAGUAAAGGAGAAAGAGGAAGCACGUCGGAAGAAAGAGCUCUUAGAAAAAAUGGAGAGAGCUCGCAAUGAGCCAGUGAAUGACUCAGAAAUGGUGGACAAAAUGUUUGGAUUCCUGGGGACAACCUCCUCCCUUCCUGGCCAGGAGGGACAGGCACCCAAUGGCUUCGAGGAUCUUGAGCAAGUCCAGAAGGAGCUGGAGGAAGAGGACCUGGAUGCAGCAUUGCCUCUCCCUGAGGAGGAGGAAGAAGACCUCUCAGAGUACAAAUUUGCCAAGUUUGCUGCCACGUAUUUCCAGGGCACAACAACACACACAUACAUCCGCCGGCCCCUCAAGCAGCCUCUCUUGUACCAUGAAGAUGAAGGAGACCAGUUGGCGGCACUUGCUGUAUGGAUCACUAUCCUGCGUUUCAUGGGAGACCUCCCUGAGCCGAAAUACCACACAGCCAUGAGUGAUGGUGGUGAGAAGAUACCAGUAAUGACAAAAAUCUAUGAAACUCUUGGGAAGAAGACCUAUAAGAAAGAACUGCAGGCUCUGCAGGGAGAAGGAGAGAGUACUCAUGUUGAUGGGCACAAGAAGAACAGUGUGCGGCACAAACUGGUCUCCUUAACACUCAAGAAGAAAUCCAAACUGACGGAGGAGGUGACAAAGAGGCUUCAUGAUGGUGAGUCUACGCUGCAGGGUAAUAGCAUGCUCGAAGACCGACCCACUUCCAACCUGGAGAAGCUCCAUUUCAUUAUUGGUAAUGGCAUCCUCAGGCCAGCCUUAAGGGAUGAAAUCUACUGUCAAAUCUGCAAGCAGCUGACUCAAAACCCAUCCAAAAGCAGCCAUGCUAGGGGUUGGAUACUGAUGUCCCUUUGUGUGGGGUGUUUUGCUCCUUCUGAGAAGUUUGUGAAGUAUUUAAGGAACUUUAUCAACGGAGGCCCUCCAGGUUAUGCUCCCUAUUGUGAAGAGAGGCUGAGACGGACGUUUGCCAACGGGACAAGGACACAGCCACCCAGCUGGCUGGAGCUGCAGGCAACCAAGUCCAAGAAACCGAUCAUGCUGCCUGUCACAUUUAUGGAUGGGACAACAAAGACACUGUUGACAGACUCUGCAACAACUGCUAAAGAGCUCUGUAAUUCUUUGUCCGACAAAAUCAGCCUGAAGGACCGAUUUGGCUUUUCACUCUACAUUGCACUUUUUGACAAGGUGUCCUCGCUGGGGAGUGGCAAUGACCAUGUGAUGGAUGCUGUGUCCCAGUGCGAGCAGUAUGCCAAGGAGCAGGGAGCGCAGGAGCGCAACGCACCGUGGCGGCUCUUCUUCAGGAAGGAGAUCUUCACCCCCUGGCACAACCCCAGUGAGGACAACGUGGCCACCAAUCUCAUCUACCAGCAGAUCGUGCGAGGGGUGAAGUUUGGGGAGUACCGGUGUGACAAGGAGGAAGAUCUGGCAGAACUGGCUUCCCAGCAGUACUACGUGGACUAUGGGUCAGAGAUGGUACUGGAAAGGCUGCUAAAUCUAAUUCCAUCCUACAUUCCGGAUAGAGAGAUCACAGCUUCAAAAACAGUGGAAAAAUGGGCUCAGCUCAUUAUAGCUGCACAUAAAAAGGGAAUUUAUACUCAGAAGAGGGCAGACCCAAAAAAGGUCAAGGAAGAAGUAGUGGAUUUUGCACGUUUCAAGUGGCCUUUGCUAUUUUCCCGGUUUUAUGAAGCCUUCAAAUUCUCAGGGCCAAGCCUGCCUAAAAAUGAUGUGAUUGUAGCUGUCAACUGGACAGGGGUGUACUUUGUGGAUGAACAGGAGCAGGUUCUCUUAGAGCUCUCUUUCCCAGAGAUCACAGCUGUGUCAAGCAGCAGAGGAGGAAAGCUGCAAGGGCAGAGUUUCACCCUGGCCACCAUUAAAGGUGAUGAAUACACUUUCACCUCCAACAAUGCAGAGGAUAUCCGGGACCUGGUGGUGACCUUCCUUGAAGGACUAAGGAAACGAUCCAAAUAUGUGGUCACUCUCCAAGACAACCCAAAUCCAGUGGGAGAAGAAUCUGGGUUCCUCAGCUUCCUUAAAGGAGACCUGAUAGUUCUGGACCAGGACACAGGAGAACAAGUGAUGAACUCAGGGUGGGCUAAUGGGUUCAAUGAGCGGACCAAGCAGAGAGGGGAUUUCCCAACUGAUUCCGUCUAUGUCUUGCCUACCGUCACCAUGCCACCGUUAGAGAUCGUGGCCCUGGUCACAAUGACCCCUGACCAACGACAAGAUGUUAUCAGAACCUCUCAGAUGGCAGUCUCAGACAGUGAAGAAAGAGUAAAACCAUACACCUUGGAGGAAUUUUCCUAUGAUUAUUUUAGACCACCUCCAAAGCACACCCUCAGCCGGGUCAUGAUCACCAAGAGCCGUGGAAAGGACAAGCUGUGGUGUUACACCCGCGAGCCCAUCAAACAGCCACUGCUGAAGAAGAUCCUGGGCAGCGAGGAGCUGUCCCAAGAAGCCUGCAUGGCCUUUAUUGCUGUGCUGAAAUAUAUGGGUGACUACCCAUCCAAAAGGACCCGCUCAGUCAAUGAGCUGACAGACCAAAUAUUUGAAGGUGCCUUGAAAGCCGAACCCCUAAAGGAUGAAAUCUACUGCCAGACCCUCAAGCAGCUCACAGACAACCACAUCAAAUACAGUGAAGAGAAAGGCUGGGAGCUGUUGUGGUUGUGUACAGGCCUUUUCCCUCCGAGUAACAUCCUCCUGCCCCAUGUCCAGAGGUUCCUGCAAUCCCGCAAACAUCACCCCUUGGCAACAGACUGCAUCCAGAGACUCCAGAAAGCCUUGAGGAAUGGAUCUAGAAAAUACCCACCCCAUCUGGUAGAAGUGGAAGCCAUUCAACACAAAACAACCCAAAUUUUCCACAAGGUUUACUUCCCUGAUGACACCGAUGAGGCGUUUGAGGUGGAAUCCAGUACAAAAGCCAAGGACUUCUGCCAGAACAUCUCCAACAGGCUGCUCCUAAAGUCCUCUGAGGGCUUCAGCCUCUUCGUCAAAAUCUCCGACAAGGUCAUAAGUGUGCCAGAGGGAGAUUUCUUCUUUGACUUUGUGAGACACCUGACAGACUGGAUAAAGAAAGCAAGACCAGCAAAAGAUGGUAUAGUGCCUUCCCUCACCUAUCAAGUGUUCUUCAUGAAAAAACUGUGGACCAACACAACGCCUGGAAAAGACUCGAUGGCAGACUCAAUCUUCCACUAUUACCAGGAGUUACCAAAGUACCUGCGUGGCUACCACAAGUGCUCACGGGAAGAGGUCCUGCAGCUGGCAGCUCUCAUCUACCGGGUCAAGUUCGAGGAUGACAAGUCCUAUUUCCCCAGCAUCCCCAAACUCCUGAAGGAGUUGGUGCCUCAGGACCUCAUCCGGCAGCUCUCUCCAGAUGACUGGAAAAGGUCCAUCGUGGCAUACUACAACAAACACGCAGGCAAAACAAGAGAAGAAGCCAAGCUUGCCUUUCUAAAGAUUAUCUUCAAGUGGCCUACAUUUGGAUCAGCAUUCUUUGAAGUGAAGCAAACUACAGAGCCAAAUUAUCCAGAAAUCCUUCUAAUUGCCAUCAAUAAGCAUGGAGUCAGCCUCAUUGAUCCCAAAACCAAGGAUAUUCUCAUCACUCACCCCUUCACCAAGAUCUCCAACUGGAGCAGUGGCAACACAUAUUUCCACAUAACCAUUGGCAACUUGGUGAGAGGAAGCAAGCUGCUCUGUGAGACCUCCCUGGGGUACAAGAUGGAUGAUCUUCUGACCUCGUACAUCAGCCAGAUGCUAACAGCCAUGAGCAAACAGAGGAGUGCAAAGGGUAGCAAGUGA